AACCAACAACUUUUCACCGUAUAGUAAUUUUCUGUCAGGAGGGGAAUUCAUUUGCAAGGGAGAAGAACAGAGGAUACGGCCUGUUGAGGCGGAAAGUGGAUGGGCACCAAACGGGAAUCUAAGAUGGUGAAGAUCUGUGUGAGAGGCAGAGUGGUGUUGGUAACCAUUUUCCUGACAGCUGUUUGGUUUGCGGAGUUCGCCCAAUCUCUGCGAUGUUUUUCAUGCCGGGAGCCCACAAGACCUGAGAAAUGCAUGACAGUGACUAACUGUACGCCAAACCAAACCAUGUGUAUGACGACAAUGCAUUCUCUUGAAGAAGUCUACCCUUUUGUGGGCGAACUCACCGUCACACGGUCCUGUUCUCUGACCUGCAACCUUUCCGAGAUAGACGAAAUUGGUUCCACGCGUCUGAUGACCUGUUGCCGCACUGACCUCUGCAACCACAGUGGGGCCUCCUGGCUAGAGAUCAGCUACACCAUGUUGGGAGGAAUUCUGGCUUCUUUCUUCCUCGUCUUCAGUUGAGACUGAAUUGCUCCAGGAUUUGGCCGAGAGUCUACUUUACUUUCUUAGAACGAUGGGUUCAAUGAUGGGCUGUCCUCUCUUCCUAUUCCUGGAUUCCUCUUUGUCUCAAAUAAAGAAAAUGGGAGCAGAAA